AUGGUUACGAAACUGCUCUUGUAUAGCCUGUUUGGCUUUGCCCGUCUUCGGACCGUGCAUGCAGAGCCUACAUUGCCACCGACGCUGAAGCUUCCCUGGGGAGUCUACGAAGGCCAACCCAUGGCAGAUGAUCCAGAAAUUUAUUUAUUUGAAAACGUCCGCUUCGGUGCAAACCCUCCGCGUUUCGGUGCCCCUGCUUUUCCCACGACAACAAACUCGUCUGUUCAGCCCGUCAGUGACGGACUCAAUUGUAUCCAAAUAGACCCAAGUGAUCUCAGCACCGCACCAGGUGGUAGAAGCCCUAUCGGUACACCUAAUGAUCAGGGCAAUCAACAAGGCGAGGACUGCCUGUUCCUCGAUCUCUACGUGCCAAAGAUUGUAAUUGACACCCCCCCGGCAAAUCCUUUGCCGGUGGUAGUUUGGAUCUACGGCGGCGCGUUCGCAUUUGGCAGCAAGAACCAACUUGGUCCUCUGUACACUGGCCAGUCAGUAAUCGCGGCAAGCAACUAUCAGACCAUCUUUAUUGCAGGCAACUACCGCCUCGGUGCUUUUGGCUGGCUCUCGGGAGAUUACAUGCAGAAGAAUGGCCAACCCAAUGCGGGACUUUACGACCAGGCCCUACUGUUCGAAUGGGUACAGAAGUACAUUAGCCAGGUGUCUGGCGAUGCAUCAAAGGUCAGUGCCUGGGGCGAGUCUGCCGGCGCUGGGUCCAUUCUCCAUCAUUUGGUUCGUGAGGACGGCGUUGUGGACCCCACGUUCAAGACCUUCGCUGUUCAGAGCCCAGCGUUUGAAUGGGCAUGGGACAAUAGCCCGAUGGGCACGUUGGACCAGGUUUACCAGAACUUUUCGUAUCAAGCCGGCUGUGGCCUCGCCUUCAACCUGACCUGCUUACAGCAGUCUACGAACCUGACAGAAGCGAAUUUGGCGCUGUUCGCCAAUGUUAAGCAGACCGGCCUGUUCCCAGUUGGACCAGCUGUGGAUGACAAAUGGGUCACCACGAUUCCGACCAUUUCGUUCGCGAAUGGCAAAUACUGGAACUCCUCCAUCAGGUCAACGAUCAUAUCGCACUGCCUGAACGAAACUGCUUCGUUCACCCCACCAGAUGUAACUUCGUCCGACACAUUUACCGGAUUCCUCGAAACCUUCUUCCCGGAAGCCGACCUUGAGCCUCAACGACAAGACAUAGCCAAUCAGUACCCUUGCACCAAACCACCCUAUAAUGGCGAUUAUCGGUUCUGCAUCGCGACUGUUAUCCGUGACGCAAGCUUCACCUGCAACACCCGCGAUCUGUACUCUGCAUAUCCGACCAUUUCGCACAUGAUGCAAUACGCAUUUCCAACCGCCGAAUAUGCUCACCACGCGUCAGAUCUUUUAACUCUGUUCGCCAACAAUAAGACCGAAGCUGUGGACAUUCUAAUGGAUUUUGAUAAAAAUCUCACCACUACCGAAGCUGCGUACCAGACGUACUUUGCGUCCUUCGCAGUAUCGGUUGGGAAUCCGAAUGCGCUUCCGAGGCCGAAGGUAAAACCCGUGCCGUUGUUACCAGGCUGGACCACGCCAGACUGGCCAGUGGCAGAUGGUAGCGAGGACGCGCUCCAGAAUGUACUCAAAGUGAGGGAGCCGGCUGUGCAGCCAUUCAAGCCUACAAGCGACGAUCAGAACACACAGACAGCAUGUGCUUUCUGGACCAAGAUCGCCAAUGAAAUUGUCAAGGCUCAGAAGGCGAGAUUUGUAGCCAAGGGUAGAGAGAAAGGGGUAGACUUUGAUGAGCUGUGA